GGCGAGGGUCCUCUUUCGUCUCGAUGUGAUUCGUGAACUCUUGCGGCAGGGCUGGUGGGGCUGGUGCUCCGGUUCUUCUCGCCGCUGGUGGUGACCCCGGUGAUCGCUCUGGUGGGGCUGGCGCUGUUCGAGGUGGCGGCGACGCAUGCUGCCACGCACUGGGGGAUCGCGUGCAUGACCAUCGCGUUGAUCAUCCUGUUCUCGCAGUACAUGAAGAAGGUGUCCCUGCCCGUCCCGGUCUAUUCCAAGUCGAAGGGGUUCAACUUCGCUUGGAUCGCCGUCUUCGAGCUCUUCCCGGUCAGUGCCUCCCUCGUCUUCCCUCGCGGCGCAAGGGGAGAUUCCGCGUCGGGCGGGGUUAUGGUGGACGACGUCGCGCGUUUUCUUCGAGGUCGACGGAGCGGUUGCGGGCGUUCGCAUCGUUUGCCGACCGUUCGACGAUCG